AUGUCGACAUCCUCCUUGGGAGAAUCAGGGUCCGAAAAGCGUGACACUACAACACCCCAAGUUGUCGACUUACCGGAUUCCAAAGCGACAAGCGAUGCGUCGGUCGCAAAGCUCGAGGAGGGCGCCAAAUUAGACGAGCCGGAAUGGGUGGAAUGGGAUGGUCCCGAUGAUCCACGGAAUCCGCAAAACUGGUCGAGUCUGAGGCGGUGGUGCAUCGUUGGGUUGGUUUCAGCGGUCACGUUCAACAUUUCGAUGGCGUCGACUGUGACGGCGCCCGCGGUGCCUCUGAUCAUGAAGCGGUUCCAGGCCAGCAACCAGGAGCUGGAAUCGUUUGUCGUCUCGGUAUACAUUAUCGGAUUCGUCUUUGGUCCCCUAGUGGUCGCCCCUCUAAGUGAAUUGUACGGCCGUGCAAUCAUCCUGCAUUCUACGAACGUCCUAUUCCUCAUCUUCACCAUUAUCGGUGCCUUGAGCACCAACCUGGGCAUGUUCAUCGCGUUCCGGCUGCUGAUGGGCCUGGUAGCGUGUACUCCCUUAACCCUGGGGGGAGGGUUUAUUGCCGAUCUGAUGGCUGCCCAGUCUCGAGCAAAAGCUCUGAGUAUUUGGACGACGGGCCCCUUACUGGUGUGUCCUGUCAUUGGAGGUUACCUUGCCCAAGGAGCUGGGUGGCAGUGGGUCUUUUGGCUUGUUGCCAUUCUGUCCGGAGUCUUGACACUGGCAUGCCUGGCUUGCAUCCCAGAGACGUAUGCCCCCGUCCUCUUAAUCCGCAAAGCAGCGCGCCUGCGAAAGGAGACCGGCAACCCCAACCUGGGUUCAAAAUAUGACGAUGCGAAAAAUCCUCUGCGGACUUUUGCGACGGCCAUUAUUCGACCGACUAAGAUGCUCCUCUUCGCUCCCAUUGUCACGAUCAUGGCCGUCUACAUAGCCUUGAUCUACGGAUACAUGUACUUGCUCUUCACAACAUUUACCUUCAUCUUCAUCGGCCAAUACGGUUUUAAUUCCGGAGAGGCGGGCCUUGCAUACCUGGGAGUCGGGGUCGGAUUCAUUCUUGGUCUUUUUGCUACGGGGUUCUACUCGGACACAUUCGUCAAGAGGAAGAGACAGAGCGGAGUUCCUAAGCCCGAAGACCAUCUCGUUCCAGUGAUAUUGGGUGCUAUUCUGAUUCCGAUCAGCUUCUUCUUCUACGGCUGGACUGCUUAUUAUAAAACGCACUGGAUUGUACCCAUCAUCGGUAGUGGGUUUUUCGGCCUUGGUAUGCUCUGCGCGUUCAUGCCAGUUCAGCUGUACCUCGUUGAAACAUACACCAUCUACGCAGCGAGCGCCAUCGCAAGCAACACGGUUCUCCGAUCCAUUCUUGGUGCGGUCCUUCCCCUCGCGGGCCAAAAGAUGUACCAGACCCUCGGUUUGGGGUGGGGCAACAGUUUGCUAGGAUUUAUUUCUUUAGUAUUUAUUCCCGUUCCUUUUCUGCUGGUGAAGUAUGGAGAGAGGAUCAGGUCAAGUCCUCGCUUCCAGAUAAAGCUAUAG